UGCGGAUUAGAGGAAAUGAUCCCCCACAGAGAGUUAAAAUACUUACAGCUGUGAUUUGUGGCUUCUGUUCGUCCUGUGAGCAGUGCAUGGUUGGGAACGAAAGCGUGUCGUGCUUAUGGUUAUAAUCAAUUAAAAUAAUAAUGACAGAUAGAAAUGCUAAAAGACUUUUAGAGCUGCUGCGGCAACCUGGCAAUGACGAAUGUGCCGAUUGUGGUUUGAAAGGUCCAGAAUGGGCUUCCUACAAUCUGGGUGUAUUUCUCUGUACAACUUGUGCAACAGGGCACCGCAAAAUUGGAUCACACAUCUCCAAAGUAAAGAGUCUAAAAUUGGGCAAAUGGGAAGACCCAGAAGUUGAGGUGCUGGAGAGCGGCGGCAACAGACUUGUAGCUAAGAAGACUGAACGUUUCGUCCCUGCUUGCUAUCGCAGACCAAAACCAGGAGAUCCUCAUGUUCUCAUCGAGCAAUGGAUCCGAGCAAAGUAUGAGCGGAGGGAGUUUGAGACGGACACUUGUAAGGACUACACGAGGGGGGAAAUGCGAGGACACCUCAUGAAGAAAGCCAAGGAUGAAAAUAAAUACUUUCCUCGCUAUUUUAUUCUCUCAGAGGCUGAAAACUGCCUCAAAUAUUUCCCUAAAGAAGGUGCCAAGGAGCCUAAAGCGACCAUCCCUCUCUCCGAGAUGAACGUAUGUCUCGCCCCCGCCAAGAUGCACCAGGACAACGGGCUGCAGAUCUCCUACAUCGUCGAGGGGUCGACACGACACGUCUACUUGUACCAUGAGAGCGGUCACGUCAUCAUCAACUGGUACAUGGCCAUCAGGUCGGCCAAGCUCAACAGGUUCAUGGUAGCAUACCCUAGUGCAUCUGAAACUGAGCUGGUGCCUUUCCUGUGUACGGACUUCGCCCUGGAGGGCUACCUCAGCAAGACCGGGCCCUCUGAGGCAGACGGCUACCGGAAAAGAUGGUUCAUACUAGACCAUCGCAAGCUCAUGUACCACACCGGACAGAUGGACGCGUACCCGAAGGGUGAGAUCUUCCUUGGGCACAAGGACGACGGGUACGCAGUUGAGCUGGGGGCGCCCAAGAACUGUAAAGACCAGGGGUUCACCUUCCACCUGGUGACGCCGGAGCGGACGUUCGUGUUCUCCGCGAGCUGCCGGGAGGAGCGGGACGCGUGGAUGGCUGCGCUGACUGCGGUGCUGGCGCGGCCGCUGCGCCCUCAGGACAACCUCAUGGCGGUGUCGCUCGUCAGGAAGCGUGCCGGCAAGUUCAGCCUUGAUAUCUUCUCCUUGGCGCAGUGAAGACCGCCUUGACGGCCUUCACCGCCUUGACGGUCUUCACCGCCUUGACGGCCUUCACCGCCUUGACGGUCUUCACCGCCUUGACGGCCUUCACCGCCUUGACGGUCUUCACCGCCUUGACGGCCUUCACCGCCUUGACGGUCUUCACCGCCUUGACGGCCUUCACCGCCUUGACGGCCUUCACCGCCUUGACGGCCUUCACCGCCUUGGCAGACAACGGAUCACGCGCUCUUAAUCAAAUUAUUUGUAAAAUUCGAUUAAGAAUUGACCGACCAAUCCUGCACCUUAAUAUAUAUUACAUUUUCUGUUAGGAAAUUCAUGUAAAUAAUUACAUAUAAUAAUUAUGUAUAAUUAUUACGUAUAAUAACUUGGGAAGACGUUAAUAGAAGUUCAAAAAAAGAACUUCUAUUAAUUAAGAAAAAAUAAAUUAACGGACGCUUGCUUCGGUCGUUGUUAUGUCAACCUGUAGGCAGGGUGACUUUAGUGAUAUAAAUAUGAUCUUAUAUUGAAUGUCUGCAAUGUAUUUAUAUUACUGAGUUAUACACUAACUGCUAUGUAGUAAUUUAGUUUAUGUGGGAUGUUGGAUGAUUAUGUAGGAAAAUUGAUGAUGAUGUACAUGAGUAAGAUGGAGUAUGAAUAAUGAGUAUGUAUAAGUUAUAUUAUCGAGCUGGAAAUUAAGACGUUAGAGUAGGAAAGCAAGAUAGUAUAUGGAAAUGAGAGUAAUAUAUUGGAGUAGGAAAGUUAGAUAGAGUAGGAAAGUAAGAUGGAAGAGGAGGAAAGCAAGAUAAUGGAGUAGGAAGUCAUUAACGCUGAUCCUAAUCUACCUUAAAAAAGUUUUGCUCAAUAGAGUUUGUCUACCGCCGGCCUCCUGUGUGUUGUUUUGUGCAAUUAUAUAAUACAAUGAAUUGUAUUGCCUUAGCUCAUCUACUCCUCUCAGCUCAUCUACUCCUCUCAGCUCAUCUACUCCUCUCAGCUCAUCUACUCCUCUCA